AUGUCGGAUGACGAUUUUAUGCUCGAGGACGAUGAAGAGGAAGACUACAAUUUCGAUUAUGAAGAUGACGAUCCAGAAGAACCUGACGUUAAUUUAGAAAACAAAUAUUAUAGUGCAAAAGCUCGGAAAGAGGAAGAUCCUACCGGUGCUAUUAAAGAGUUUCAGAGUGUGGUGGAUACAGAGCAGGAGAAAGGCGAUUGUAUAAACAAUAUACUGGAUUUCAUUUCUUCUUCCCAAGAUAUGAGUUUCAUGGAAGAAUUUUAUUCAACAACCCUUAAUGCAUUGGAAGAAGCCAAGAAUGAGAUCUUGCGUCAACUCCAUUUAUCAUGUCAAAAAGAUGAUGGAACUGAUGAUCAGCGUAAAGGAACACAUUUACUGGAAAUCUUUGCUCUUGAGAUUCAAAUGUAUACCGAAACAAAAAAUAACAAAAAAUUGAAGGCUCUGUAUCAACAAUGUCUUCAUGUCAAAUCUGCAAUUCCGCAUCCACGUAUAAUGGGCGUUAUUCGGGAAUGUGGUGGCAAGAUGCACAUGGGCGAGACACAAACUGAUUUCUUUGAAUCAUUUAAAAAUUAUGAUGAAGCUGGUAGCCCUCAGCGUAUACAAGUUCUUAAGUACUAUUAUAAUUUCAAAUGGGACAAACCUGAGUUAUCGAUUUUCGAAUUUGUUUUACAUUAUUUUUUUCGUUUACAAUUAGACAAUCGAGCAACUAUUAUGGACGAUCCUUUCAUUCGUACAUAUAUUGACGAUGUUCUCAAGAAUAUUAGGACGCAAGUACUGCUUCGUCUUAUUAAGCCAUACACACGAAUAGAGAUACCGUUUGUGUCAAAACAACUUAAUAUCCCUGCACAAGAUGUUGAAGAUUUACUGGUUGGUCUCGUUCUUGAUCAAAAGAUUAAAGGGUGUAUUGAUCAAGUGAACCAACGGUUAGAGUUAUAUAGGCAGUACGUAUUGACUUAA